UUUCUAAAAAUGCGCGGUUGACGCUGCCGAAGUUAUUUCAGUAUGUUACUGGACCGGUUUGUUGAGCUGAUUUCACACAGAACUUUCUGAACAAGCACGAAAAGUUGUUAAAAAGUAAAAGAACUGUUUUGUUUUACCUCCUGACUCUCGGAGUCAGUCUUAUAUUACACGAAACUUGCGUGAAACCCGGAUGUGAGGGGUGCCUUGAGUCAGCUGGCAGAACUUGUCCGUACAAGUCCCCCAGAAUGGACAUUAGAGGGGGCAGAGCAGUUAUGGGGAUGAGACUGUAGGAGGAACGUAGUGGUGGACGGUUUGGUGGGCUCUUCAGGGGAUGGAUGAAAGUUUGUGGUCAGAGAAGACCUGCUCCAGCCUCAUCUCUGACCUGCCUCUGUGGAUCAUCGAAUAUGCCUGGAGUAAUCGAAUGGAGGACGUUUUAGAGGUUUUAGGCCCCCCACUGUGGUUAGAAGGUGACUGGGGCCAUCUGAGUCUUGAGGUUCCAUGCAGUAUCCGUGUGGUGGCGGCUGAAGCCUGGAUGGUCGUGCGGGCCAGAGACAUUAAACACUUUGAAAGAGUGUUGGAGUUCCUAGAUGUCAUUCACACAUUACUGCCUCAUUUAGUGACCUCCAUCAAACACAUGAAGAUAAUAUUUGGCCUGAAGACUUUGGUUAUUAUGUGGAUGUUGUGGGAUGACCAGAGCAUGGACAGCAUCACUGACAAGAUCGCAAGGUUCUUUCCCGAUCAUCUCCCCCAGUAUCGCAGAAGUAGUCACAGACAUAUUGAGCUAAUGCAGAGGACUCAGCAGGAUUUUAGGAGUUUUGCUCAGUCUCUGGCAAGAAACCUAGACAUGCGCAAAACCUAUAUCAGAGAUUUGAUGGAGGAGCAGUACGGAGAGCGAUAUGCACUGAAACUGGAAGAGCGAUUGUUACAAUACCUAGAAGAGCUGGACAAAGCCCUUCGUCAACCAACUCGUAUUGACCAGGUACUGAAACACCCAUUGCUGUUGGAGGAGGGAGAGGACAUACUGCAGCAGUUACUUACCUGUAACAUUACGUCCCAGCCCACAGCUCUGAAGAGGCUUCUAAGAUGUGCACUGGCAACCCACUAUGGACAUAAUGAUACCAAGCAAGGGAAUGAAGCUGAAGCUAAUAGACCUUCCCUUGGGCAUUUCUGCAUAGCUCUUAGACUAUCUCAGGCAAGGGCAGAGGAAGAAGGGCUAUUGCAGGCAUGCUCCCAGGGCUCAUGGCUGAGUAGAGAUAAGAGACCUUUGUUGAUCCAGAAAGGCUCAGAGAAGAUUCAUUUGGACAGACAAAUGAUGAUGUUGAAGCACAGGUCAGUUCUGGUGCCUGAAAAAAGCCAGGCUGAUAUAGAUUCAUGUAUGGAUCCUCAGCAUCCUGAGAGGGCAGAGCCACAACAGGCUGCAGAACACAAGGAAGUUGAGGAGGUCACAACUGAGCCCAUGUGCUCCAGACAUGGUAAGAAAAUGAAGAGUAUCCUUUUGGAAUGUUCUGAGGAGCUCAAGGUUCAGGAAAGGGACAUCCUUGCAGCUCAUUCAGAAUGCACUCCUCCAUCACCUAAUGCACCCCUUCUCCUAUCUACUCCUCAAAGGCUGACACGGUCCUCUGCAUCUCUACUCCAAGACUCCUCUUCUACAAACAUAUCUUUGUCUUCUCAUCCAGACUCCACAAAUCUUUCAGGGUCUGAAAUCCAACCAGUCAGCUCUUCACAAACCUCUUCCUUGCUUAUACCCCCAGUUCAGCAAAAUACUUCUAGAACAUCCUCAUUCCAAAAAUUGAACAUCUCAGAAGAACUAUCUCUAUCACCUUCUCACCUUAAGCAAAUCGCAUCAUCACCACGACCAGUGCAGCCUCCCUUCUCACAGAUAUCUUCACAGAUAUCUUCACCAAUAGAUUCAUCCUCAGUGUUUUCACUUCAGCCACCCUUAUCACAAAUAUUGUCAUCUGCACCCAGUCCUUUAAUCCUUCCAGUGACCCAAAUCACUAUUGAGUCCACUCAUGAGAUCUCACCUUCGCCAACAGCUUCAUCCUCAGCCAGGAAGGAGUCUUCCUCACCAUUGUUCUCACUCCAGUCACCCUCACCACAAAUAUCAUCUUCGGACAGUCCUUUAGCAUUCCCAGUAAAUCAGACCACUCUUGGAAAAGAUCAUGACAUCUUGCCUUCACCAACAGCCUCAUCCUCAAUUCAGCAGGAGUUUUCCUCACCAGUUUUCACCACCGGUUCCCCAGCAUCCUUACGCCAUCAGCCCUGUUCAUUUUCAAACCCCUUAUCCUUAAUGCCCCCCACCUCAAGCUCCGAUUGUAUACAGGUUCAUCCUACAACAAGGCAAGAUCGAGAUGUCUUAUCUGAAUCAAGCAGUGUCCCAGGAGGCAAGCUGAAACUGUCCUUGGAGACGCAGGGCUUCCUCUUGUUGAACAGGUGGCUACAGCCUCAGGUGCUGCUCUGCAGACUGAGCAAGCAGGAUUGUUCAAUGACCACGCUGCCACAAGUAGCCACCAGUCAGUCAUCUGACGAAGAGGUGGAUGAAGAUGGGGAAGAAAAUGAAUUAUUUGAUGUAAACAUACUCUAUUCAGACUCUGAAUCUGACGCACUAGACUCUGAUGAUCCUGAUUAUGUUCCGUCAAAGAGACUCAAGUUUUAGGUGGACUGCAGGGUGAGGAGUAUCAUGAAGGACACAUGCAGUUGUAUAAUUUGCUUAAUAUCAAGCUCUUAUUGAUCAUUAACCAGAGGUUUGUGAUACUGUCAGUUUUCCAUGCUGGCAGCUUUACACAAUGCAGGCCUUAAGAUCUGUUAGAUUUGUAUUCAGUUGUAUGGAUAGCUCAACAAAACAAUAUGCAGUAAGUUUGAUGUUCAAACAUGUUUUUUAAAAAAGACUUUUUAAUCAAGACAAGAUGAAGGCAAGUCACAAGAAUGUAAUUUUUUAAACCUCAUGCUGUUUUAUUUAUUCCUACCAUGACCUACCAACAUGUACAUUGCCUCUGGGGAAAAAGAGUUUGUGAGAUCCUGUGACUUGUUAAAGCAUACGUUAAGUUUCCAUUCAAAAUCAUUGCCAUAGUGACCCUCUCUUUUAUCAUUUGCUACGUGAUGUUGACUUAGUCACUCUAAAUAGACACGAUGCCAAACCAGAAUAGGAGAGAAGUGGGCAUGUUUUGGAAGAGUGAAAGUUCAAGGUUAGUCCUGUGAAUCUUGCACCAUUAAUGCGGUAUUGAUUUUGAUCUGGCUAAUGAGUAAAUUUGUUUUCUAGUGUUUAAGUAUAUGAUGCAAUGUCUGUUAUGUAAGUAUCAUGUCAUUCUCUAUUCAUUUACGUUUCUCUACCUUUCUAUUACAGUCUCUAUAAAAUUGGUUUUAUUGUA